AAAGGGACAUAAUAAGAAAUAAAUAUACUUUAAAUGAAAAUAUUAUUGGUUAGGAAUGUAUAAAACUUAACACAUAAACUGUAAAGUUUGAAAUUAUUCUUGAUUUAAGAACAUGAUAUUUUACUGGUACACAAAAGAGAGAUAGAAAGAGAUAUUCUGUUAGACAAAAACAAACCCAUGUAUUCAGAGAAAUAAAUGAAUUUUCUAAAGUAAACAUUAACUUGUAUCUUUUCUGUGUGAGAGGUGAAGUCACGUUAUUUUUCUUGUCGUCCCCCUGGUGGUGUCUCUCGGCAGAGGCAGGUAAAAGGCGUGGCCAAUCAUAUUUGUGGCAGUUACCUGAGAGCAACAAGAUUAAAGGACGCUGCUGGCGGCGUCUACUUUAAUCUACUCAAAAGAAAACAAAGAUGGUGGAGCAAACAAGACAACCGAGUCAUGUCGUCUCUCUCCAGGCUGGACCUGGUGAGGUGGACACUGGCACCCUGUUCGAUGUCAACCUCAGGUAUAGCACAGGCCCUCCCCCACGAGUAAUCAAUGACAGGACUGCACGUGCUAUUGCCCGCCAGUUGGCUGUAAUUGGAGACCAGCUGGACCAGGAGUGGUCCAGCAGACAGCCACACAGGCUACCAACUCCUCUGCAUAUGCUGAGACCUGCUCGGGCACUGACCAGGACCAUCUAUCGGGACAUUCACAACCAGUUAUGGGGCUUCCAGGGUCUCUCAGCUGCAGUGAAGGCCUGGAUAGCGAGCACUGCACCUGGACAGGGGAUCCUCAGAGCUGACGCCUGGACAGCCUGGGUGUCCACUGUUAAACCGAUAACCUGCACUGGGUGGGCGAGAGGAGCCCUCGUGACUGUGGCACUGGUGGCUGCAGUGACCCUCCUCGGUGUACUAUGGAUGGAAUAGAAAGCCUAAAAGGCCAUAAGCAGGUCUUUUAGGCCAUUAAAUAUUUGAGAAAAAAAAUGUUUGCAAAUGAGUGAAAAUUAUUGCUAACUGAUUUGUUUCUGCUGUUUACUCUGACUUCUCUUUUUAUACUAUUUUAAUGAGCGGUAUUGAAGUUAUCAGGGCACGUGGGCAUUGUUUAAACAAGUUUUACAGCAUUGCCCGAGGAGCUGGCCAGCAUAUUGUAGCAGUGACAUGUUUUGGUUCACAGUUGUUAUCGAUGUCAAAAAGCAUGUUUUCCUUGACUGGACUGUUGCCGGCCUGCAGUCUUUUGUAUCCAGAUUAGUUUCUUACUGGUUUAAGAGGCCAAAUUUUUUUACAGAUAAUAUGUAGCUUGGCUUAAUAUAAAAUGAAGGGAGCUGGACUUUCUGUUGCAGAUUUGAAACUGCUUUUCACGUGAUGCUAAUAAAAUCCAUAAUGACAA